AUGAACCCAGCGCUCAACUCCGACACGCCUCCACCUCCCCCCCCGAAACCGAGCAGCCACGAAGCUAGUCGGAGGGGAACACCGCAAUUGAACCCAUCGUUACCGGGUACACCACGACAGUUCCAUGACGCCCAUGAUGGACAGAACGGGAUGAAUACGCAGACGAUGAAUAGAAUCGCCUCCCCUGGCAUGGCCCACACCUACUCGCUAAAUGUUCUUCCGAAAGCGCCAACGGCCGAAGAGGGAUGGCUGCCUGACAGUGUCAAAGACAAAUCGACUGUGGACUUGCAAGCCAUCCUUAGAAACCCUAACCUCCUCUCCGCCUUUGCCAGCCAUCAUCCAUCAUACUCAGCCCAUCAGGAGAAUCUUCGGUCGCAGCUCAAAUACAACCAAGAUUUGGCGAACAGUCUUCUGGAGAUCCAGUCUCAUCUGACAGAGCUGCGUGGCUCGACGGAAGCGCUCCUUCUCAAGCAUCAAUCUCUCGAGGUCUCCUGGCGGAAAAAGCAGUCGGAGAUGGACGUCGCCCUAGCUCCAUGGUCACCUAAGGCUUUAUAUCAACGGAUGGCGGCGUCAAUUGCGGAACAGGAGGCUGUGUGUCAAGCCGUAGAAGAGAGCUUUCUCGAGGAGGAGCAUCAUGGACGAGCCACUGAGAAAGAAGUCGCCGAUUGGAUCAGACGGGUAAGGGCUGAGGGCGCCAAAUUGGCAGCAAGAAGGGAAGCUAAGGCAAGGUGGGACGAGGGGAGAGUGGGUGGAUGGAGGUGA